AUGGACGCCGCCCAUAUUUUCCGGCAAGGUCUGGGGACCGUUGCUCCCCGUAUGAACCACGCCUAUGCGCAGCCGCGAAACUUGGUGCAAAGUCCAGAUGACUUUUUUGACGGUGAUACCUCGAGCCACCGAGUUGCUCACACCCUGACAGCAUGCUGUCGUUGUCGUCAGCGAAAAACGAGGUGUGAUCCCACGCUUCCUCGCUGCCUCCCCUGCGAGAGAUCAGGGUCUGUAUGCGAAUAUCUCGAUACCGCCAAGGCGCGCAAGAUCAAUCGCCGUUAUGUGAUUACGCUGCAAGAUAAGGUCAAAGCCCUCGAAGCUGAGCUUGCCCAGUAUACCGACGAAGACGGUGAUCAUCCCCCAACAAAUGAAGAAUUGGUUCGUCCAGGAGGCAUGAUUCGUUUGAGCGGUAACGACGAGACACCUCGCUAUCUGGGGCCAUCCAGUGGUAUUGCCAUGACAAGAUUACUCAUGGCUGAAGCCAAGAGGUUUACGGAUUCCAACAAAAUUUCCGAUCUCAUUCCGGAGGUUCGCGCAAGAAGCCAAGCUCGCAUGCAAUCUAUCCAGAUAACUAGCAACAACAAAAGAAAAAGCUAUCCCAUGAUCAGUGAAUUUCCAGCCGAAAGUCUUCCUGCUCGUCAUGUGGCCGACAGGCUGGUAGAGAUCUUCUAUAAGAAAGCUCAAAUCCAUUGGCCUGUGCUUCAUGAGACAGUUUUCAAAGCAGACGUUGACGCAGUUUAUAAUGGCGAUACAGAUCCGUACAAAAACUUUCUUGUUCGCAUGGUUAUUGCCAUUAGCUUGCAAAAGCUGGACACGCAAUAUGCCGGAUUGGGCGACUCAUACUACAUGGCCGCGAUGAAAUAUGUUGAGGAAAUUAUUCGUCCCAAAGACCUCAAAACGCUACAAUGCCUCGUUCUCAUCGGACAAUACUCACUACUCACCCCGACGCGAACGCCAGUGUAUUAUGUUAUUGGACUCGCUACCAGAAUAUGCCAACAAGAAGGGCUAACGGACGAGAAAACGCUUACUACUACGGGUUACAAUUUGGAUCCGCAAACAAUCGACUUGCGCCGGAGGCUGGUAUGGGUAAUUAUGGCCAUGGAACAUGGCCUUUCGUAUUAUCUAGGCCGGCCCAGUGCAUUUGCCAUCAACAGUGAUCGCUUGAAUGUUGCAUUUUUUAGCGCAGCCGAUGAUGCGAAUAUUACGCCUCAAGGAAUUCUAGAUGGCCCUCUUAAUACACGCAAGCUCGCAACGAUACACUUCUACAAGAUGUGGAGCUUACAAACGGAGAUCAAGAGGACCCUUUAUGAACGGAAACGGCCGGAACCUAGAAACGACGAUCAUCCAUGGUUUCAAAACAUAGAAAAGGCUCUGAGGGAUUGGGUGGACUCGACGCCAGAAGAUCCUCCGUUUGCCAAACCUUGGAUCUCUGGACAUUACCACCAAUUGAGGGCAUUAUUGUAUAGACCCUCUCCCCAGAUUCCGCAGCCAUCGGCUGGUGCAGCCCAAAUUUGCUUCGAGUCCUCUGCCACCACGAUUGACCUUUCCCACAAGCAGUUUGGAAGCGAUCCUGCAGAUAUGACCUGGGUGUUCCUCCUUUCACUAAAUUGGUCCCUUAGCACACUUCUAUGGACGAUAUCGUAUCCCGAAGUUCGACGCAACCAUCCAAGAGAAGAAGUCGAAGAGCUGGUGAACAAGGCGUUAGAAUCUUUGGACCGAUGCGCAGAGCGUUGGCCAGGGACCACGGUCACGUCUCAACUCUACACUAUAUUUGCCAAGGCGUGUAUGCAGAGCUACGACGUUCAAGUGAAGCUUGAAAAGGAACAGUUUUCUUUUAGCAGUCCACCGGCGACAAGCGAGUCCCAGUCUUCACCUGAAAGCUACUCUCAUUCAAAUGCUACCACCCCUCGACCACUCCCCUAUCUCAACCCUCCUCAGUUCGGCUUUGUUUUUGACUCGUCCCCUGAGUCAAUGAACAACUACGUGUUCGACCCCAAUUACCCUCCUCCACAGCCUACUUUCCGUUCAAACUCCAUCUUCUGCAAUCCUGCCACGGAUAAUGGCAGCCGACGCUUCUCCUACUUCCCGCCUGAUGUCACCCAUAUGGGAGAGGCUGGUUUAGAAGACCCUUCGUCCCAUCCGGUCCAGGUACCGGACCAUAUACCCCACCAUUUGCAAUCGCCGCCCGAAAUAUUUCUGCAGGGCAAUGUACCGACUUCGAGACCGGGCUUAUCGUCAUCGGCAGUGGCGAUGAAGCAAACGCCGAAUGCUACCCCAAUUACACCGUCACCGCUUUCGGAGCAGACCAAUAUGUCGCCACCUCAUAAACGCGUUGUUGCACCACACGUGACGCAGGCCCAACCAACAUAUGCAGCCGCGCGAAUGGGGCAACCUGUUCACCAGCGACCGCUACCACCGGCACCCACAUCCGUAUCGGACUGGUUCUCGCCCCCUUCACAGUUCAUGUCGCCAUACAACUUUGUAACGUCUGGCAGUGGAUAUUUUAAUGAAGCCAUGGCUGGUAUGAGCGGAUUUGGUGGCGGCUCACCGGGACCUGGUGGCUUGGGCCUCCACAACAUCACCGCGCAGCUCGAGGCAGGUGGUAUGCAGUUUGGCUAUUCGCCUGGUAGACAAGGCAGUCUAUCACAGUCACAGCAGCUAGAGCUCAUGGAAGAUUUGGAGACGGACGGCCUUAGCGCCAUGGAUGCGUACCUGCAAGACACCCCGAUGAGCGGGAGAGGAUGGUACUGA